AUGGCAUUCACGGGCUGGGCAGUGUGGAAUAGGCGAAACCAGAUUCGUCUCAAGGAAGCAGCAUGCCCACUUGAUCAGAUUUAUAUGCUAUUAAAAGAUAGGAAAAACGAGUUCCAACUCCUUCACCCAGUCAUUGGGACACCACAACAUCGAAACCAUACUAGAUGGAAGCCGCCAGACCAAGGGGUUUACAAAGUUAAUUAUGAUGGCGCUAUUUUUUCCCAACAAGAGAAGGCAAGUGUUGGCGUCGUAAUCAGGAAUGCAGAAGGAGCUGUAAUGGCAUCUAUGUCGCAACAAAUGCCACUUCCAGCAACAAUUGCACAAGUCGAAGCAUUAGCUGGGAGGAGAGCCACAGAAUUUGCACUUGAACUUGGAAUAACUAAAGCCAUCUUUGAAGGAGAUUCAGAAACCAUAUGUAGGGAGCUCAACGAUGAUACUCCAUCCUGGGCCUUACAUGGUCAUCUACUUCAAGAUGUCAAAAGUUUGUCAACUUCUUUUCAAUUUAUCGGUUUUUCUCAUGUACGUCGUCAAGGAAAUACUGUCGCCCAUGCUUUGGCAAGACGGGCUAUUAGGGAGCAGGAUCUAACUGUCUGGAUGGAAGAUGUACCACCAGACAUUCAUCAUGCUGUCCAAGCUGACUUAGCCACUUUUGAUUAA